AGACUCUCAUUCAUUCGCAGAGAAAGGUCUCUGUCAGUAAAGGCGUAGACGGAUGUAGUGUGUCCUUAACAGAACUGAAAGAAAAAAAGGAAAAGGUUGCUUUGAGUUGAUCCGAGUCACAGGAGGAUAGCCCUAAUAUGCGCAGACUGUGGGCUCUGCCGUAACAACUGCAGACCCAGAGGUUAAACUGACGUUUACAUUGGCAAGACAAAUUUAGAAGCCUUGAGCUUUGGACCGGUUGGGUCGCUCAUGCACGCAUUUGAUCACGGGUUUAAUUCAGAGGUAAUUUACUUCCUUCUCUCGCGCACAAAGAGGAAAACAUUAACAAACGUUUGUCCAUCCAAGAGGUUUUACAUUUGCCGCCUGUGUUCGAGGAAGCAAUGGCCAAGUUAUUCCGAGCUGCUAUCAUGGGUCCACCAGGAUCAGGGAAAGGAACGAUAUCCAAGAGGAUUGCGCAAAGCUUUGGCCUGCAAUAUCUGUCCAGCGGCCACUACCUACGAGAGAGCAUAGCGGCAAAUACAGAGGCAGGUGUGCUGGUGAGGAGCUAUGUAGAAAGAAGCAUGCUGGUGCCUGACCAUGUGAUGACCAAACUGAUGCUGCCCAGACUGGAACAGCUGAUUGACCACAGCUGGCUGUUGGAUGGUUUUCCCCGCACUCUGUCGCAGGCCCAAGCCAUGAACAACCUGUGCCAGCUGGACAUGGUCAUCAGCCUCAACAUCCCCUUUGAGACUCUGAGGGAGAGACUGAGUGAACGCAUGAGCCAUCCAGCCAGUGGCCGAGUCUACAACAUGGGCUUCAACCCACCACGAGUGCAGGGUAAGGAUGACAUCACUGGGGAGCCACUGAUUCAGCAUGAUGAUGACAAACCAGAAGCCCUGAUGGCCAGACUGAGACACUACAAAGAUGUGGCCAAGCCCGUCAUAGACCUAUACAAGUCACAGGGAAUCCUGCACUCAUUUUCCGGUACAGAUACGGACCGGAUUUGGCCUUAUAUCAACUCCCUCCUCAGCACCAAGAUGCACACACAGCCGUCAAAUUCCUUCCAAACCCAGACACCCUGACGCUUCUCUGAUUGAAAAUCGUAUUUCAAAAAGAUAGGGUGAUCUUUCCACAUGCGUGCGUCUAGCGAGGUUUAAGGGCACCGAUCAAAACUGUAGUCAUCAAACGUGGUUGUGGUUCAAUCGCCAGGUGGUUUUUCAAAUGAACGGUUGUAUGCAAAUAUUUCAAGAGCUUUAUUGAUUGUGUUUAUUUCUGCACUAUUAUAGUGAAACGUUCAGAUUGCAAAAUUAUUCAUUUUUGUAAAUCAUAAUUUUACACAAGCACUCUGCAUCAGGCAACACUUUUGCCUUUUUAUCUGCAAUCGUUCCAAUUCCAACACAUAGAAUUGAAAUAAUAGCUCAUUCAGGGAAGCUGUGGUAAAAGUACGGUCUGAAAGAAAAAGUAUUUAGAGAAGGAAGGAUGUUCAUUGUAGCUCUCCACUAUGAAUAUUGCAUCACUACGACACAGGGGUAAGGUAGAAUAUUAAACCAAAUACCCAAAUAUUUAGUGUCUCACUCCCACAUUGAAUGUGUGAUACCAAACUCAGGUAUAUUAUUAUAAACGCAUGAAACAUUAGACAGUCUGUCAAAUAUCAUUAAUUACACUUUAAAUCACACUUUCAUAAUCAAGUAAACUAUCAUGUUGCCUCUAUGAUUAUAUUCUAUAUAGUUUUGGAGUGAAAUUACCCAAUAUGCAAUUAACUGAGGCGUUGUUCAUCAUCACAGAUUCACCACCGACCUUUGCAUUGUGUCGGCUGAAAAGUCAGAAUGGAUCUCGGACAGACAUUAUUUGGGUCACAUUUUUGCUAGAAAGUUGUGCAGGCUUGAGUCUUGUUUACUAUACUGUAUAUAAUGCCUACAAGUCUGCUGUUCCAAAUGCAACAAUCCUGCAGACCAGUUUUUAAUUGUUUGGCUUUAUCGGUUCAGUGUUUCUAUAACAUAUCCAUCAAUAACAAACACAUUGUGCACUGUAUAAACAGCUAUUCUUUACUUUUGUACUGAAAUGCUAAAGAAUAUUAUGCAAUCUUCAACUAAUAACAUGCAGGACAAUCUACGAGGCAGGCGCUGGACUUGCACAAGAUUUUAAAAGCCCUCACAGUAAAUCUAAAACACCCUCUGGCUGGGAUAAGGACCAAUGCACAGGAUAUAGAGUGCCUUCAAUGCGGUUACGUAUCUUUUAUAUAUAUAUGGUUGCCUAGAGAUUUUAAUCAUCAAAAUGUCACUGAUUAUUGUUCACAAAUGUUUGUUCAACUUCAAGAUAAUGCUAAAUAAAGUUGUAGUAAUAGGUCAAUUUUAUGAUUCAGAAGCAUGAAUCAUUAUGUAGUAUGUAAAGGUCAUAUUUUUCUGAUUGAAUGUAUGUAUAAAUGCAUUUUUAAGAGGUAUUCUGAAAGGUUUGUAAUAGUAAAAAAUGCAAAUAAGCAGCAUACACGUAACCCAUCACAUGCAAAAAUAUAUUUUUUAUCAUUUCUUUUAUGAGGUCAAACCCGCCUUGUGUCAGUGUUUUUGUUUUCCUUAUGGACUAAAAAGAGUGGGUGUUGUAUGUUGUACAGAUUGAAGACCUGUUAGAUGGCAGACAAAAGAUACAAAUAAAGAUGCAAUACUUUUGCCUAAAUAACAAGAGGAUUAGAUGUCUGUGGAUUAGUGUGGAUGGGACGAGUCUGUCGGUGGAGGAGUCAUUCUCAGCAUCUGAAUUAAACUGGUUUCAUGUUGGGGAGUGCAACAUGUGGUGUCUGUGUUGUUGAAUGAAAGGGUGUGGAGUAAAAGUGUUAUGUUGUAUGGGACCACACCCCACUGCUGUUGUGUAACACCAGUGUUGUGGAAUUUUUCUUCCUUAUUUUCAAUCCACGCUGUCCGAACAUGUUACAUUCUCAGAAUAAUAAAACUAUUUUCUCAA